AUGGGGAGAAAGGAUGCUAGCGCCACCAAUCUACCAGUCGAUCAGUACAGGAAACAGAUUGGUAAGCAGGACUACAAAAAGACAAAAUCGGUCUUGAAAGCCACUCGGCUCAAAGCAGAGGCCAAGAAGAACUCGUCUGGUUUCAGGGAUGCUUUUCUGGUCCUCUUGGCCAUCUUGUUCUUUGUCGUCUGCGUCUACGCCUUUUUCUACCUCAACCUCAGCAACGAAAUUAACAUGGACAUGGACGCGGACUGA